CAACUAAUGAAUGUAGAUGGUGACUUUUCAAUCUUGACCUCAAUGAGCUUUCUCUUUUCUCCACUGGAAAUCUGGAAUCAUUAUCUUUUCUUCUCCUUUAACAAAACUAAGUCCAUGUGAAGUGAUGGAGUAGAUUGUUUUAGCGAUUAUAAAAGUUUAUUCUUGGAAAUCUUUUCGGAAAAAAGGGAAUGGCUCAGGUUACUCAAGAACUCAUCAAUCAACUUGAAGCACUAAUGGAGGAAGUGGACGAAUCACUUAAAAAAACUUUCCAGAAUGUGCAUCAAGGAUAUCCUCAUGAAACUUUUACACGUUUUCUGAAGGCCCGAGAAGGGGAUGUUCAAAAGGCUAGAAAGAUGUUGGUUGACUGCUUGGAGUGGAGAGUCCAGAACGACAUUGAUAAUAUGCUAGCGAAACCAAUUGUUCCUGAGGAACUUUACAGAGGGAUACGUGAUUCUCAGCUUGUAGGAUUGUCGGGUUACUCAAAAGAGGUGAGCGUUUGA